AUGUCUUCCUUUACCGUCACAGUUGACUGUGACUCUGGAAAUGAGUACGAUGGGCGCAUGGGAGUCCGGAUCUCGUCGAUCUUCGUCAUCGGCUUUGGUUCGAUGCUAGGUGCUCUAUUGCCAAUUGCUGCCGCUCGAACCAGGCGCAUGCGCGUUCCACCGCUGGCCUUCUUUAUCACAAAAUACUUCGGCUCCGGCGUCAUCGUCGCAACCGCGUUUAUACACCUCCUCUCCCCUGCCAAUGAAGCGCUGAAUUCGCCAUGUCUCACAGGCAGCAUCACAGAUUACGACUAUGCGCAGGGAAUUGCUCUAAUGUCCAUUUUUGUCAUGUUCUUCAUUGAGCUCAUGGCAGCGCGUUUUGACAUCUUUGGAGAGCAGGCCCAUGAUCUAGAGGCCUCCGAUCCUUCGAGGGACCUGAUUAGAAAGGCUGAAAAGGCCCACGAUCAGCACUCUACCGAUCAUAGUCAAGGUGUUCUCGAAGCUGCAGCAGAUGGGUCCGAAGGCCAGAAGCACUCUCAUGACCGUUCCGACAACUCAGCUUCUAUGGACCCGCAUUCGCAACCCAUGCAGACUAUCCCGUCCCGUAAGAGUAAAUCCAUUCCCGGAAGGGAGGACGACUUUACAUAUCCUCCCGGGGGCCAAGAUCAUCUGGGACACCAGCGCGAGCACAUGGUGGAGGACGACCAUUUUGUAGCGCAGCUGACUGCCAUCUUCAUCCUCGAAUUCGGCGUCGUGUUCCAUUCAGUCUUUAUUGGUCUCACCCUGGCUGUAGCCGGCGAUAAUUUCAACGUGUUGUACAUUGUGCUGGCCUUCCACCAAACAUUCGAGGGCCUCGGUCUGGGGUCCAGACUUGCCACCGCGAACUGGCCCAAGAAGAAAGCUUGGAUGCCGUGGGCGCUUGGCAUAAUAUAUGGUCUGACAACCCCAAUUGCCAUUGCCAUCGGGCUUGGCGUGCGGGAGACGUUCACGCCUGGCAGCCAGCGCACGCUGAUCGUGAACGGUGUCUUCGACUCCAUCAGUGCGGGCAUCCUAAUCUACACCGGAUUGGUAGAACUCAUGGCCCACGAGUUCAUGUUUAAUACAGAGAUGCGGAAGAGCUCCAUCAAGAUGAUGCUAUUUGCCUUCCUCUGUAUGUGCAUCGGUGCUCUGCUUAUGUCAGUACUCGGGAAAUGGGCUUGA